AUGACUCUACAGCCUAGCUCUGUGGCUCUACAGCCUAGCUCUGUGGCUCUACAGCCUAGCCCUGUGACUCUACAGCCUAGCUCUGUGACUCUACCACCUAGCUCUGUGGCUCUACAGCCUAGCUCUGUGGCUCUACAGCCUAGCUCUGUGGCUCUACAGCCUAGCUCUGUGACUCUACCACCUAGCUCUGCGACUCUACAGCCUAGCUCUGCGGCUCUACAGCCUAGCUCUGUGACUUUACAGCCUAGCUCUGUGACUCUACCACCUAGCUCUGUGGCUCUACAGCCUAGCACUGUGUCUCUACAGCCUAGCUCUGUGGCUCUACCACCUAGCUCUGUGACUCUACCACCUAGCUCUGUGGCUCUACAGCCUAGCUCUGUGGCUCUACCACCUAGCUCUGUGACUCUACCACCUAGCUCUGUGGCUCUACCACCUAGCUCUGUGGCUCUACAGCCUAGCUCUGUGACUCUACAACCUAGCUCUGUGGCUUUACAGCCUAGCUCUGUGGCUCUACAGCCUAGCUCUGUGAAUCUACAGCCUAGCCCUGUGGCUCUACAGCCUAGCUCUGUGGCUCUACAGCCUAGCUCUGUGACUCUACAGCCUAGCCCUGUGACUCUACCACCUAGCUCUGUGGCUCUACAGCCUAGCCCUGUGGCUCUACAGCCUAGCUCUGUGGCUCUACAGCCUAGCCCUGUGGCUCUACAGCCUAGCACGGUGGCUCUACAGCCUAGCUCUGUGGCUCUACCACCUAGCUCUGUGGCUCUACAGCCUAGCCCUGUGGCUCUACAGCCUAGCCCUGUGGCUCUACAGCCUAGCUCUGUGGCUCUACCACCUAGCUCUGUGGCUCUACAGCCUAGCUCUGUGGCUCUACAGCCUAGCUCUGUUCAGCCCAUGCUGAGGGAAGGAUAA